GUGUACGUAAGAUGUGUAGUUUUUCAAAACUAGUGUAGGGCUAAGUAUGUCAAAGUUGUCGGUGAAAGAGGAAAGUGGCUGUAGAAGACUGUUGACAAUGUUGCCCAAGGAUGACUUGCUGGCCCUUAAAGAUACAGUAACGAAUCGUCUGAUAGCUGUAGAGAGUGCAGAAGAGGCAGUCCAAGCCAUCAUAACUUACUCUCAGGAUGCAGAGGAGCUGCUUAAGAGGAAGAAGGUGCACCGUGAUGUCAUUUUUAAGUAUCUUGCCAAUGAAGGAGUUGCUAUGCCUCCAAAUGCUCAGAAAUAUAAUCUGGUCAGGAGGACCCUUGAGUUGUGGUCAUCCGAGGAGAUGCCAAAGCCAAAAAGUGAGAAUAAUGCAGCUUUUUCUUCAGACAAGACUGCAGAUGGUCUGUCAGACCUUGCAGCUUUGGGAAAAGAGUUUUGCCAGUGGUUCUUCUGUCUUUUCAACUCUCAGAACACCACACAAGUGCAGCCGGUGCAGAACUGGGGUCCUCAGCGUUUCUGGCAGGAUGUGAGACUUCGGCUUCUGUUACAUGCUGGAGAACAGCGUGUUGAAGAGUUCAAUGGGGCAGAGUUGGUCAGCAGGCGGCUUCAUGCUCUUGUAGGAGAAGAACGUCUGUUGUUCUGCCCGAACUUAGAGGGUCUUGGGUUAAAGUGUGUAUCUUCACCUCAUGGAUUUGUAUUAGUGGCUGUGGCUGGGACCAUCCACCGUGACAGUGUCUGGCUCGGGAUUUUUGAGCAAGCGUUUGGGCUCAUUCGCUCACCGCUGGACAGUAACCGUUGGAAGAUAAAGUUUGUGAAUGUUAAAGUAGAAGCACAAAGUGCCAUCACUGACAGACAUUUACCAGUAAUUACAUAUGACUCAAAUGAGUUGCUGAGCCUUUGCAAUUGAGCAUCAACAUGGUUUGUGUGGUCAUGUUUUCACGUAGUAGCUUCAAUACAAGUUAAGCUCCAUCAACAGCAUUUGUGGCAUAAUGUUGGUUACCACAAAGACUCAUUUUGACUCAACCCUUGAUUUUAUUUAAAAAAAAAGAGCACAAAAAAAAUACAGUGAUUACAGGAUUUUGUUUUCAUGACAACAAAGUGAAAACACUAGAUAUAUAACUUUUCACAGAUGCCAAGUUUACAUCCUGUGUCUAUAUUUCUGAAACAGUGUGUAUUUUAAUGUUAAUGGACUGACCCCAUUCACUUCCAUUGUAAGUGCCUCACUGUAAUUGUUUUUGCGAAAAUCAGCAUUGUGCCACAAAUGCUGUUAAUUGAGGUUAAAUUGUAUGGAACAUGGAACAUUCCUUUAACCAUGGACAAUGUACUUUUCCAUGUAAAUAAUAUUAUCGAUGGACCUUUUUUUUGUGGGGGGAGUACAGCUUGCAUUGUAUUUUUGUUGCUCUGAAGGAAAGACCAGUCAGUUUCCCCCCUUACAAACCUCAAAUCAAUUAAUAUUUAGAUUUAUGUAGAUUUGUCAUUAUGAAUUUUUUUUUAUAAAGAGCUAAAUUGAUGCAUAAAACAAAUAGUUUCAUGGAGAGCUAGAAAGCUACAAAUUAUUUGACUAAAUAAUACAAUGAAUCCUGUAAAUGUAAUUGGCAAUUGAUUAGUUUAGGUUCUUUUAUAUUCCUAGUUUUAUCUCAAUUACUUCAAUCUAUUACAUUUUUUUUCUUAGUUCUUAUCAGAAAUGUAAAAAAAAAAAAAAGCUGUGAACUUUUCUAUGGAACAAAUUGUUUUGAAUUAAUUUUUAAUUAAUAUAUUUUUAUAGGAAAAAUAAAUCCUUGUUGAAUGUAUUGCAUUGAAGUAAUUUUGUAAAAUUUCUUUAAAAUCUUGUUUGAGUCCUUUAGUUUUUUGAGUAUUUAUUUUUUUUAUCUUUUAAUUGUAUUUUAAUUGUUAUUAUGAUCACAACCAUUUUG